AUGAAUUCUCAACUAGGUGUGACGCCUCCAAUUUCCUUAGCAAAUGCCUCCCCCAAAGAUAUCGAACUCAAUGAUCUGCUAAUUAAAGAACUCAAGACAAGGGGUUCUUUCGAAAGCGAAAGUGCUACAAAGAAAAGAGUUGAAGUGCUCAACAUUUUGCAGAAAAUGACUGAGGAUUUUGUUUAUCAAGUUUCUAAAAACAAAAAUAUGAGUGACGGCAUGGCGAAAGACGCUGGUGGAAGAAUCUUUACGUUUGGGUCUUACAGGCUCGGUGUUUAUGGCCCUGGCUCUGACAUCGAUACUCUUGUUGUCGCACCAAAGCAUGUUAGCAGGUCAGAUUUCUUUGAGGUCUACUCAAGUCUUUUAGAGAAAAGGCCAGAGGUGUCUGAGAUCGCCCCUGUGCCUGAUGCCUUCGUUCCUAUUAUCAAGAUUGAAUUUAGUGGUAUCUCAAUCGACCUCAUUUUUGCAAAAUUAGACAUUCCACGUGUUCCGAGAGAUCUAACACUCGAUAAUAAAAAUCUAUUGAAAAAUCUCGAUGAUAAGGACUUACGUGCUUUAAAUGGAACGCGUGUGACAGACGAGAUUCUCACUCUCGUGCCUAAGCCCACAGUCUUCAAACAUGCUCUCAGGUGUAUUAAGAUGUGGGCUCAACAGAGGGCUGUUUAUGCUAAUGUUUUUGGCUUUCCGGGCGGUGUCGCAUGGGCGAUGUUGGUAGCUCGUAUAUGUCAGCUAUAUCCAAACACCGUUAGUGCAGUUAUUGUUGAGAAGUUCUUUCAAAUAUACUCCAAGUGGAAUUGGCCCCAGCCCGUACUUUUAAAACAGAUUGAAGACGGGCCGCUUCAAGUAAGGGUGUGGAACCCUCGCCUCUAUCCCCAUGAUCGCCAACAUAGAAUGCCAAUUAUCACUCCCGCCUACCCGUCGAUGUGUGCGACCCACAACAUCACCCAAUCUACGAAGGAAAUCAUUUUAAAGGAGCUCGAGAGAGGGAUGAAUGUUAUGAGUCAAAUCGUCAAAGGCGAGGCGCUGUGGGGAACUCUUCUACAGAGGCACACAUUUUUUCACGACUAUAAGUUCUAUUUAUGUAUAGUUGCAGCAACUAAAGGUGCAUCAGCGGACCAUCUCAAGUGGAGUGGAUUGAUAGAAAGCAAGGUUCGUUUCCUUGUUCAGAAGCUUGAGUUGACUGAGGGCAUCGCCAUGGCUCAUCCAUACGUCAAGCCGUUUGAGGUCUCCUUGAAAUGCCGUGAUGAUGAGCAAGUCAAGCAAGUCAUAGAUGGAUAUGGUAAUCUUCAAGGAGAAAAAUUAACCGAAGGUCUUGAUCUAAUGGAAGAAAACGCUGAAAACGCGAAAGAUGUCCAUCUCACCAAAUUAUACAUCGGCCUUAGCAUCACCGAAGGGCAUAAAAAACUCGACAUUCAAUAUCCCUGUUCCGAAUUUUUCAAUAUUUGCAAGGGUUGGACAGAAUUCUCUGAGGAAAAGAAUGUCGUUCUGAUCAAGAAUGUCAAGCUCUACGACCUUCCCAAUGAUGUGUACGUUGAGGGGGAGCAGCGUCCUGUAAAGGCUCCAAAACGCAAAAAGACUAAUGUUGCGAGCGAAAACAUCAAAAGGCCAAAAAAUGCCAUCCCUGCCACCACUUGA